AUGGCCGAAUGUGCGCACCCGAUCCAAGUGGCGGGACUGUGCGCGAUAUGUGGAAAAGAAAUUGACGAGCAAAACUUUGAGCAGCAGACAUUUGCAACACUGCACUCUUCCGCGUCGGUGAAAGUAUCACGCUCCGAGGCGGAGCGCAUUGACAAAGAAACGACAGAGCGUUUGCUUGGAGACAAGAAAUUAGCGCUCAUUGUCGAUUUGGACCAGACAGUGAUUCACGUCACUGUCGAUCCGACCGUGCGCGAAUGGGCACACGAUACGAGCAGUCCGCACCGGCAUGCAUUACGCGAUAUUGUAGCGUUCCAGCUUGGUGCCGAUGGCAAGUCUGUAUCGCACGCACCACAGCAUCUUGAUGAAAAGGAUCCCACGGCGUUUGCAACGGAUGGCGAUGAGGACGGGUGCUGGUACUAUGUCAAGCAGCGGCCUGGCCUGCAGUCCUUCUUGCUGCACCUCGCAGAAAUGUUUGAGCUACACGUAUAUACGAUGGGAACGCGCUCGUAUGCAGACUGUGUGUGCCGCGUUAUUGACCCCGAUGGCAGGUUGUUUGGCUCGCGCAUCCUUUCGCGUGAUGAGAACGACAGCCUGGUCCAGAAGAGUCUGGCACGCUUAUUCCCAAUCAACACGUCCAUGGUCGUGAUUAUUGACGAUCGCGCUGACGUAUGGAACUGGAGUCCCAACUUGAUCAAAGUUGAGCCGUCGCGCAUCUCGGACCUGCAGCGCCAGCGCCAGCACCAGCACCAGCACCAGCACCAGCACCAGCACCAGCACCAGCACCAGCACCAGCACCAGCACCAGCACCAGCACCAGCACCAGCACCAGCACCAGCACCAGCACCAGCACCAGCACCAGCACCAGCACCAGCACCAGCACCAGCACCAGCACCAGCACCAGCACCAGCACCAACCGCCAGACGAAGCGUCUCCUUCAGCUCCCCUCGAGCAGCAGCAGCAGCAGACCAUCUCUGACCAAGUUGACGCACGUCCCCUCAAGCGCCUGCAAGAAGAGACAGAUGCUGUCGCAUCUACAGACCCCGCCGCGCCGUCGCACACUGUACUAAACGACGAUGACAACGAGUUGGAACUAAUUCAGCGAUUGCUUACCGAUAUUCAUACCCAAUGGUACGCGGCAUGGAGCGCCAAACACAGUGCGAGUCCCGAUACCAAGGACAUUAUCAGCGGGAUGAAGCGCAAAGUACUGGACAAGUGUGUACUUGCAUUCUCUGGUCUAAUCCCCCUUAACGAGCGCCCGGAGAGCAGCGCGGUGUGGCUCAUGGCGCAAGAGUUUGGUGCUGCAUGCCGCCGCAGCAUCACACCCGACGUAACGCAUAUCGUCGCGACGAAUGCGGGCACUGCGAAAGUUGAAGAAGCGUUUCGGCGCGGCAACGUCCACGUCGUAUGGCCAGCAUGGCUCGACGACUCAAUCCGCCACUGGACAAACGAGCCUACAGAGCCAUACGCGAUUCCACGCAGCGCACAGCUGAUGCAACUGCCCAACGAGGCUUUGCGCAACCUCGCAACCAGCGUCUACUCUGAAACCGACUCGGACAACAACGAGGCCCCGCUCGACCUGGCGAGCAUGGACUGGGGCGAGGCAGAGGACGAGGUGGACGCGUUCCUCGACGAUGACGAGACCGACAGCGAGCUCGAUAGUGCCUCGCAGUCCACUUACAGCGAGAACGGCGCCGACAGUCUUUUGCGCUCGCCCCUCAGCCGACGGCGGCACAAGGCGGCCAUGCGCGGCGGGCAAUCCAAGCUGCGCCAGCAUGUCCUUGCCGACGACGAGUCCGGCUCCGAAUCAGAGCUGAGCGAUCCGCCACGCAAGCGCCCACGCGCCGAUGCGCCGCUACAGAACGAGCAUUUGCACGCGCGCAAAGGGACAUCGACGCCUUCGGACAGCGAAGAAGAGCAUUUCCUUGACGACCUUGCGUCAGAAAUGGAAAAAGAGCUAGCAUAA